UAAGCAUUAAGAAGCUUUCCAAAUAUUUCCAUUCAGUUCAAUCUCCCCACUUUUUUUUCUUAAAAAAUAAACUCCUGGGUGAUUCUUUCUCUCCGCUCUUCAACCAGCCCGUCAUUCAUCAAGCUGAAGAAAUGGAGUCAGUGGAUGAGUCCCUGUAUAAAUACAAAGGACUCUAUUUCAUAACUGACUUGUCCUCACCUGAAAAUUUAGAUUCAUUGGAUAGUUUUGAAAUCCGAGAUGAUGAUAUAUUCAUAAUCACAUAUCCUAAAUCUGGCACAAUAUGGACUCAGAAUAUUGUCAGCUUGAUUCUUUAUGAAGGUCACCGAGAUGGAACUGAAAAUAUUAGCCUGAUUGACCGAGCACCAUGGCUGGAGUAUAAUAUUUUCCAUGUAGAUUUACCUAGUCGCCCAUCACCUCGUGUCAUUUGUUCCCAUCUGCCCUACUAUUUGGUACCCAAAGGAUUACAAAAUAGAAGAGCAAAAAUUAUUUAUGUGCUUAGAAAUCCAAAAGAUGUCUUGGUUUCUAACUAUCAUUUUCACAAACUAUCAGUCAAAAUAGAAACCCCAAAAGACUUUGAUAUCUUCUUUGAGAAGUUUCUGGCUGGCAAAGUGUUUUGCAGUUCAUGGCUAGACCAUGUUGAAGGUUGGUGCACUCAUAAGGAUGAUUUCAAUAUUCUCUUCCUGUCUUACGAAGAAAUGAAAAAGGAUCUGAGAAGUUCUGUACUGAAAAUAUGCGACUUCCUUGGAAGAGAACUAAAUGGAAAGGAGGUAGAUGAUGUGGUGCAUAAAGCUACAUUUGAUAACAUGAAAGUGGAUUCUAGAGCAAACUACACAUUCUUGCCUCCUGAUAUCCUAGAUUUCAGCAAAGGAAACUUUCUUCGCAAAGGCACUAUUGGGGACUGGAAGAACCUCAUGACUGUUGCCCAGAGUGAAAGGUUUGACCGUGUCUUUAAGGAGAGAGUGGAAAAGCUGCCCUUCAAGUUCUGCUGGGAUAUGCAGGAGGAUCCCGACCCUAUUUUUAGCUCAGUGCGGGAAAAUUAAUGUGUGAUACACACCUUCAAAUGGUUUGAAUCAGAAAUGACCUUUCAAGAAGAAUCUUUAUAUCAUCAUGUAAUGUUUAAUUCUCAGCUCUGCAGGGAUCAUAGAACACAGCAACAUUAAAUUCUGCGUUAUUAUUAAA